GCAGUGUGUACGUUCUGUUCACAUGGUGGGAUUUGUAAAUACAACCCGAGCAGAACCGCAGAGAUGUUUCUGGAAGCUGUCGUGUUUUCUGUCUUACUUCUCUGCGUGAUAUUUAUUACUCGGUUAUACGUAGUUGUGAAGACUGGAUCGAAACAUAAACCUGGAGCCAAAGGUCCUGUGGCUGUCCUGGUUGUUGCGGGUUCAGGUGGCCACACUACAGAGAUUCUGCGGCUGUUGGAGAGCCUGUCUGCAGCUUACACACCUCGACACUAUGUUAUUGCUGACACUGACCGCAUGAGUGAGGAGAAAAUCUACGCAUUUGAAAGCUCCAAAGGACAGUCCCAGUCCCAGUCACAGUCCCAGUCCCAGUCACAGUUCACCAUCUGUCGGAUCCCACGGAGUCGGGAGGUGCAUCAGUCCUGGAGUUCGUCCGUGGUCAGUACGCUGAAGGCCCUGCAGCACUCGCUCCCUCUGGUGUUCACACUCAGACCCGACAUGGUGCUGUGUAACGGCCCGGGGACCUGUGUUCCCCUGUGUGCAGCAGGACUCCUGCUUGGAAUUCUGGGAAUAAAGAGAGUGCUUAUUGUUUAUGUUGAAAGUAUUUGCCGGGUGCAUUCACUGUCUCUGACGGGGAGGAUCCUCUACCCUCUAUCAGACUAUUUCUUUGUGCAGUGGUCCUCUCUGAGGGACAGAUACCCCAAAUCCAUUUUCCUCGGAAGAAUAGUGUGAAAAUAACAUGAAUAAAUACAAUUUUGUUUUCUCUA